UGUAAAAGUCAACAAUGGCACCAAAUGCGAAUGAAAACAAAGUAUUUACGUAACAAAAUAAUAAAUAAAUAUCUAAAAUGAUUAAAAUCGUGAAGAUUUUAAAGAAAAACAGCGCCUUCAUUUUUCAAAUGGCACAGUUUUCUUCAAAACCAACAGCUUCAGAGGUGCUGACUGCGUACUUGAUGCAGUGUAAUGAGCCACCUUGGACCUCUUAUUUUGUUAAGUACAGAAGUGUAAAAGAUGACCAGUUCGGUAUGUCGAACUUCAACUGGAAAGUGGGCAGUUCAAAUUACCAGAUUUUGAGAACAGGAUGCUUCCCAUACAUCAAGUAUCAUUGCUCUAGACGAAGAGUGGAGGACCUAGGAGUAUCUGACAAGUUUAUGAGGGCAAUUAAAGUCGUCAACUUAGGAAUUCCUUGCUUGCUGUAUGGGUUGGCGGCGACACAGUUAAUCAGACAUACAGAAAUAGUUCACACCACCAAAGGACCUGUAACAAUAUACUUUUUGCUUCCAGAACAUAAGGGGUCUCAUCAUUAAAACAAAUCAUUUAUUAGUGAAGAAUGUUAUUAGAUUUAAUUAAAUUAUUAUUAUAUUAA